AUGCUGCAAGCAGGAAGGGCCACGGCAGGUUUAAAUGCCCUUGCCACCGGGUCCGUUCCGUUGCCGGCAUACCCAUUCGUCCGGUGUACAUACGACUGCGGAACAAUAGUGCGCUCUCUCGCAGCACACGGUCCACAGUACGCGGUUAUGUGCAGUUUGUGUGCGAAAUCAUCUAGUGUUUGUGUGUAAUAAUUGGCGAUCCGAUACCAUUCACGCCAGGGCUCUUGUUUGCCGGCGUGAACCUUAUGAACCUCUACCCUUCCCCCGUUCCUUUCUACUACGUGCGGCGAAAAACACAAUUGGAGCUGAAAAUUCCAUCCCGUGUGGUGGCAAAAUUAAUUACCCCAACAGUUUGCCUGAGUUGAACGCGAAAGGAGUUGACCGCACGACCGGUUCGUUCCGCUGGCUAGAGUUUCCUCUAGAUUAAUACCCGCGAUCAGUGCAAUGCCGUGAAUGCGUGUAUGCUAUCCGUAGCUUCUGAUAACAACAACAAAUUUAUUGUUUGCGGGCGGAAACUAAACGGGUACUCUAGUUUGGAUUUAUUCGUUAUGCCUAUAACCGACAAACCGCGAUUAAAUCACUCACAAAAUGCCAAAAAAAUCAUACCAGCUACACCCAACCCGUGGGUCGCCGGUGGCCCACCGGGAGGGAAGGACGCCGUCCUGGUGUUCCGCACCUAUGCGCUAUCGCCGGCGGCUUCGGAGAACGGUUCGGACCUUUGCUCCGGCAGCCCAUCAGUGACACCGUCAUCGGAAGCUACGGCAAGCCCCUAUCCAGCCGAUACUGCAGCCAACGCUGGUUCGUCAACAGCAACUCGGCUGGCCGAGUUGAAGUGCGCCCAAAAAGCAUCUUCCACUGCCACCAAUUCUACACUGCCGAAGAAUUUUAACGUUCAGCGCAAAACGCGCGGUACGGCAUCGAGCAGAAGCAGCACAGUCACUACCGAGGACGAAAACGACGACGAUGAGGAAGAGGGCGAAGGUGGCGAGGAGGAUGAAGACGAUGAGGAGGAAGAGCUUGAGCGGGAUGAUCGGGCCGCGGCAAGAGAUGAAGACGGUCCGGACGAUGACGAAACGGGCGAGGGCGAGGGUAACGACGACGAGGAGGAUGGGGAUGAAACGGAUGCCGGUACAACAUCGCAGGAGGAAUCAAGCCCGGUCAAGGGAAAGGCACCAGCCGCCGGUGAUGGUUCCGGACGCACCAAUAAGCCCAAAAAACGUCAGCUCGAAUCGUCGUCCUCGUCCAGCUCGCUUAGCAAUGCGUCCAUGUCCAGCGUGAAGGGUGGCUCGGGAGAUGAAAUCGACACGGAAAUGCCAACUUCGAAAUCGGAACCCGCGCUCGCAAUGGCCGCAAUGGACAAGAAACUAGCCGCGCACCGCAAGCACAAGGAGGAAAACAAGGAAAACCAACAAAGCGCACCAACGAAAACGGAAAUGCCGGCCGCACAGUUAAACAUUUGCUACAAGUUCAUUAACACGGAAACGCGGCUGCUAAGGAAGAUCCUAAAUGCGCACGGUAUGGGCGAGAGUGGUCCGGAGUGUAAUGACUUCAAUCUGCUGUGGACGGGCAUACACCUGAAGCCGGACAUUUUGCGUAAUCUAGCCCCGUAUCAGCGGGUGAAUCAUUUCCCGAGGUCCUACGAGCUGACACGCAAAGAUCGUCUGUACAAAAACAUUGAGCGGAUGCAGCAUCUACGGGGCUACAAGCAUUUCGACAUUGUACCACAAUCAUUCCUACUGCCACAGGAUUACAAGGAACUGAUAGCAGCGCAUAACAAAUGUCGAGGCCCAUGGAUUGUAAAGCCGGUUGCCUCUAGCCGAGGUCGGGGUAUUUUCAUUGUCAAUUCGCCGGAUCAGAUUUCAUCGUUUGAACAGGUCGUGGUGGCCAAGUACAUUUCCGAUCCGCUAUGCAUCGACGGGCAUAAGUGUGACAUUCGCAUAUACGUUGCAGUGACCUCGUUCGAUCCACUCAUCAUCUACAUCUACGAGGAGGGUCUGGUCCGGCUGGCCACCGUCAAGUACGACCGGACGGCGGAAAAUCUCUGGAAUCCCUGCAUGCAUCUGUGCAACUACAGCAUCAACAAGUACCACACCGAUUACAUCCGCUCGAGCAACGCCGGGGAGGAGGAUGUCGGGCACAAGUGGACGCUGAGUGCGCUGUUGAGGCACCUCCGCAGCCAGGGUUGCAACACCGAGCAGUUGAUGCUCGCGAUCGAGGAUUUGAUCAUCAAGGCGAUUUUCUCCUGCACGCAGCCGAUCGUGUCCGCCUGCCGGAUGUUUGUGCCGCACAUUGGCAACUGCUUCGAGCUGUACGGCUUUGAUAUCCUGAUCGACGACAUGCUGAAACCGUGGCUGCUGGAGGUGAACCUCUCGCCGUCACUCGGCUGUGAUACGCCGCUCGACACGAAGGUGAAAGCGUCGAUGCUGACCGAUCUGCUCACGAUGGUGGGCAUACCGGCCAUCAGUCCGCUGCAGAAGGCAUGUUACGAUAGCAAGGGCCAGAAGAUCCGUAACCUAACGACACCGUAUCGGCGCGUCAAUUCGGCUGAUUUUGUGCACACCACCGGGCGGAAGGACGGGCCCGGGACCGGCAGCAAUCAGCAGCAGCACCAAGGGAAGGGAGAUGGGGGUGGUAAGCUGCAGACGACUCUGAGUGCGCUUACGGCGGAGGAGCUGAAGAUUGUUCGCUUUGCCCGGUCGCAGUAUGAACGGCGGGGUGGUUUCGUGCGAAUUUUCCCCACAAGCGACAGCAUGACCCGGUACGGAUCAUUGCUGGACCCAAUCACGGGCAUUCCCACGUCGGCCAUCACGUCGUCCAGCAGUGGCACUUACCUAAUGAUCAUACCGCACAACUACAAUCAGAUGCUUCACUCGCAGCUAUUCCCGGCGGGAAGUGAAACAGAGAACCGGAUCGUGCACCGGAUUCAGAAGUACGAGCGUGCCCUUGAAAGCUCGCUCCCGAUUACGAUCGGUCCGAAGCAUGCGGCACCGAAGUGUGUGGAUGAAGCGAAGCGGCUUCGGCUGCAGGUGCGGAAGUUGAUCGAGAACGGGCACGAGAUGAGCAUUCUGCAGGCCAGGCGUGCGUUUGGCUUUUACCUGGAGUACAUCCUGAAGCGGCUGUCAUCCGAGCCGAAACACAGCCACGAGGAGCUGAUUAUGAAGUUCCUGUAUCGCGUCGGUGCGCACAUGAAGACGCCCUUUUUCUUUCGCAACUUUGGCAAUAAGGCGCUCGGCAAGGAUCGGGGCGCGAUGGUGGCAAAGCAGCUCGGUGACUAUUUGCAUCUGUACAACAAGGAGACGGAAUCGUACGUGGAUGUGUUCGAUAUCGUGGGCAUGUUGCCGAUAAAGCUGUUCGACGAUUUUCUGAUGCAGGCCAGCGAAGCGGAUCUCGAGUCCGUGCUGACGCUUCACACGAAUCUUACGCAACAGAUGCCAUUCCUGUACAGUGGCUGCUCGACCAGUAUUCCACCGGCACCUCCCAUACCGGUUGGGGCGCACGGGUUUCUGAAGGCCCUUCCCAGCAUGGCACCGGGCGGUGCUAACAAGGAGCUGAUACGAUUGGAUCCGUUUUAUCGGCGUGUGGAGAGUAGGCUGCCGCUUGGGGCUCGUGUGAGCGGGCUGUCAGAUGUACGCGGACCGGGUGUAGGCGAAUCGAAAAGCUCUGCCCGGCUAUCUCCCAUGAAAAAGAAACCUCCUAUCGGUAGCAUGGUAAAAUCGUCCCGCGAGCGAGAGCAGCGUUCAAACUGGCUUUACUGAGCUGGCAGGUGUUUGUGGCAGUUUUUUGCUGUAGCAUGUAAGAACAUUAUUUAUUUGUUAUGCGUGAUUUUAAACGGUUUAUUUUAGUGGAUUUGUUCGUGUGUUCGUAUAGGUAGUAUCGUUUCCAAAAUGUUAGUGUUAUAUUUUCUGUUAAAUUAUUUCCUAUGUGUUUCAUUUCGUUUCACUAACAUUUAUGCUUGUGUACAGUAGAAAUAUGUUUAUGUGAUUAGUUUUGUUUUAUGAGCGAAAGCAGGCCUUCUUCACCUCUCACCUGUUGUCCAAAGAAGGGCUAAUAGAAAUGCUGUUAAAAGUGAAUAGGAAUCCAGCUUUUUUUUAAAUUGUUCAUAAUAUACACAAUUGUGACUUAAUCUCAUUUUCCUAGUAGUAAGAGGUAGUAGCGCGAACAAGAAUGCUUUUUGUAAAAAGGAUUAAGCUUACAAUUGAACUCUAUUCGACCGAACGUUGGGUUUUUGUUUUGGUUAAGGUGCUUUUCAACGGAGUUAAGGAAAAUAGGAAUAUUUGCAGACAGACAGGUGUGAAUUUUGCAACCAUGCCGCGCAUCCCAGCCUAACCAAGAUAAGCUGGAAAAGUGUCAGACCCGAAUCGUCUAGUCAUGGAUUCCAAAAAAAACAAACAAACAAACAAACAAACUCGUUCUUAAAAAGCAUACCAACCAAUUUGCCGCUUUGUGAUUGAUGCUAGUGAGAACGUGCGCUAGCGCGAAACUGUGAAACGUUGGCAAAGUUACUAACGAACCCAUAUGCUGAUCCCAAAUAUUGAUAAAAAAAACUGGCUAAGUGAAUGAAUUACAAAUGCAAAACCAUUAGCUUCGAUUGUGAUAUAUAAGAAAUGAUGUACGAUACUCAAAUGCAGCAAAAUUAAAAAAACACUCGCGGUGCUCGAAAGAAUGAGACGAAGGACAGAAAGGGUACCGUUCACAACCCAAUACACGCGGAAACAGACAAACAGAAGAAGGCGUACAUUUAAGCGUAACGAACAUAAUCCGUCAAAAAAAAUAUGAAAUGAAAACAAAGUGCUUUUUCCUCUCCUCACUCGCGUAUCACGAGUUUUAAUGCGUUUUAAGACAAGCUACAUAGAAACAAAUCAAUACAACAGAAAACCCCAAACAAAACAAAUAAAUAAAAACAACUAACUAAUGCAACGAUUGUGAGGCCGUUACAUGUUGAUCUUUUGAAGCGAAAAGACAGCGAAAAAAUACAAUAUUUACUAAAAACGGUAGUUUCGUAUACCUUUUUGGAAGAGGACAAGCAAUUAUGAUAAGGCCGUAUAUUCACCUGAAUUAGAAGCGUUUUCUUUUCUGUUAACUAGACGCUUUUAUGUACAGCUGCAUGCCAUCGCUUAAAAAUAGGUAGAAAUUCACACGCUCUUCUGCGGUGCUUUGCGGCAGAAACUCGUAUGGAAAUUAAGAUUGAUUUCGGUUGUUGCAUCAAAACAGCUAGCUUUGCUUACACACCCCUAACACUAAUUAGUGGAAUGAAAACGAAAUUGCUAUACGAAAUGAAAUUUGGCAGUGUGUUACAAGUUCGUAAAGCAUUCCUUUCAAGGCUUAAUAAGUCCUUUCCUCAGCCUGAAAUAUUCUCACUUUUGAGGCGUACUUCUCAUUGCAAGCGAUUAACAAAAGGUACACACCAAUGUAGAAAACUCCAAAACACGAAAACAGUUAACUGCGCGGUGAACAGAAUUUACAAUCAUAGUAAGAACACAACCAACUAGUAAUAAGUAUUCUCGGCUUAACACGUCAGGGAAGAGAAAAAAAAAACAGGACAAGCAUGCACAAAACCAUUGUUGCUUUGAGGGUAACUUUUUAACAGUAAAUUAUAGCACAAACAGCAGAUGGCUAGUCCCGAAUGGUGCAGUAGCCAAGGAGUAAAGAGAUAGUAACUAAAGCACAAAUGAAUUACCCCGUGUAGGAACCAGAAAUCACGAUGCGAUACCAAGGUAUACCGGGCACAUUGUAUAGCCUGUUGCUCUCGGUGAUGUGCUACCGCUGUAAGAUAACACGAAUUUUUAAGAUGAUUCGAUUUUGUGUUAUGAGAUUAGUUUACGCACCGCCAAGUUAAUGCAACCACAGCGACAGUUUAGUGAAGUUCACACGAUACGUACAAGGUGUGGUUGCAAACAAAACGAACCGCAGUCUCUCGAGCAAGCAAAGAGAGGAUGUUAAUGAGCGUAAAGCUUUUUGCCUAACGAAAUAAAAAUUCAAGAAUUUUUUGAUUUCAUCAACAGCAUACUAACUAACGUUUGAUCUUUGGUGAAGUGGUGAAGGAAAUGCUACCAAAAGAUAUGAAAAAAAUACCUUGCAAUAUCUUCGCGUUAUUUCAAUUCCUAUGAAUGAUCCAGUAACUUCGCUGUAGGGUGUUUGCACAGGACAUCCCUUCAAGACAUUUGCAAAAGAGACUACGAAAUAAAU